AUGAUUAUCGAAGAUUUUCGGCCUGCAACGGAGCGCCAGCACUCCUCUUUUGUGAGAUUAGUCAGCAAAUUUCGGGUGCGGCUCAUCGAGCCGCCGCAGUUGCAUGAGGCUCUUUUAGCGAAAAUGUUUUUGCAGGCUAUGUUUGAUACCCCUCUUCCUUUGAAUGACCUGGUGGUAGAGUCUAUUUCAGGACUGCUUACCAAGAAACAGCCUCGGCCAUCGGAUACCAGUGCAUUGAGCUCCUGGACCGGCAGCGCGGAAUGCUGGGGCCUGGAGCGCUUUAUGCUUUUGCUGAACAAUGUGGUGAGAUUCCUGCAGCUUUUCGGAGAAGGCCUGGGACACUAA